CCAACACGCCAUUGGACUUGCCUGGACUUGAUUCGUGUCCUUCGCCAAAAAGAGCAAGGAUUAGUGAAUCCCAGCUGGGGGAAGCCAUGCCCAGGGAACCAGCUAGUGUCUAUGGGGAAAAGGCAGCAAAUUUCCAUUCCCUACAAGAGAAGGUGAAAACGUACCAACCUGGCACAGUGGUAGUCCAGCCACCCGAACGACGGCCUCCCGAGCCGGAACACGAUCGCCUGAUGUUCAUUCCCGACCUAGACCAGGACAUUACCCAUCGGGAUGUGUUCACCUAUUUCAGCAAAUUUGGGGAUUUGGAGAGGGUCAGCGUGAGGAAUGGCAUGAGUAACUUUAACUACGCCAUGGUGCGGUUUAGUCGCACUUCAUACAUGGAGCAUGCCAUCGAAUCGAAUCCACAUCUGAUCAAGGGAUACCGAUUGAACUGUCGCAAGGCGAAAGAAAAAAGUACAAAUAAGGGAAGUCAGCAAAACUCUGGGACCAUAAAAAAACCAAAGGCAACGAUAACGCAGCCACACAAAGCUCCUGUAAGGCAGGCAGAGAAAAACGACGCCAAACAAAGUGGUCACAAAUCUUUAGAGAAGAAUUCGAAGCCACCAAUUAACAGAUCAUUGCUUCUUCAAAAACUGGUAGAACCCACGUCCUAUAGUCCAUUUACCGCCGUAAAAUCUGAUCGAAACUAUGCCUAUGCAUUAACCAAUGACAUUGGAAUCUCCCGCUGGAGCUUUAACUUGUUGAAAUUCGAACCCAGUUCAGACGAGGUGAGGGCCCUGGAAAAGGGUCUUUCCAGUUCGGCAAAGCUCCUACUGAGCAUACGGAAGAAACUGGCUGCCGUGCCCCACAAGUCUGUCGAGCCACCAGCUCCAAAGUGGCCACAAACUCCUAGUGAUAAAGCCGUUCCAAAAGUUACUCUUAAGAUAGCUCCACCAAUUCCUGCCUCUAGUCCAGUGCUCCCAUCCCUGCCACAAACUCCUAGUGAUAAAGCCGUUCCAAAAGUUAUUUUUAAAAUACCUCCACCACCUCCUGCCUCUAGUCCAGUGCUCCCAUCCUUGCCGAGCCUUCUGCCGAUCACUCCCCUAGUGCCUAAGCCCAAACCUGUUCUUCGAAAAGUUUCCAAGUCAGAUCUCCGCUACGCCGUUCUAGCCAGUUUGGGUCAGAACUAUGUCCAUCACUGCUACACUAAUGUGGCAGCUUAUCGGCGGACCAAGAACUACGUCGACCUACAGCUCAGCGAGAUGAAAGACCGACCCAGCAUUUCGAUGUUUGCGGAUCAGAUGUACGCACAGAAAGAGUAGGAAUUACCAAAUGCAAAUCAUAUCUAUCAUAUCAUAUAUCAUUCAAUAUAACAAUAGUUAAGCAAUAUUUCCCAAGAAACUUCAAAGAACACUUUCAUUAUAAGGAAAUGGCAUACAUUACAUAAGUCGGACACUUUCUAAAUUGAGGGAAGCCGAAGGAUGUGACUUAGAUUCCUGGAAGAUAUGAAUGGAGCUGCUUGAAUGAAACGUGAACAUAUUACACAAAAAGUUCCAAUUCCAAUUCAAAGGCACUUGAAUCGCAGCAACCUGUCAACAUAAUUAAUCCCCUGGAUCAGCUGAUGACGGUACUGCCCCUGACCGAAUGAUACACAAAAUAUGAACAAUUCCUAGAGGGGGCGCGGGAAUGCGAUAAAUGCGAUGAAAUAGGGGGCCUUGAUUUCUGUAGCGCGGCCUCUGUUCUGCCCGACAUUCCCAAGGAUGUGCCUCCAAAAACCUGGCUUUCUUCUUGCUGGGCCGUGUUAAUUGUCCAACAUUGUGUGAGCGUGGACGUGAACAGGUCGGGUGCCAUUAACAAUCUUAACAACGAUCCACAGCCACGGCCACGGCGAUCCCACGGCUUGUCGCCUUGUUUCUCGAGCAGUUUUUUAUGCCAUUUACGAAGAAAUCUUGCAACAAAUCAGGAGCUCCCUUUUCCACACACUACUUGUCUUCCUUUUUGGCCGGCCAUCUCUGUGAACCUGUGACGACGCAAUUCUUUGCCAUUAUCAGCUGCAUCCUUGCAGGUCCUGCACUAGUUGCCCCCGCUCUCAAUUCCGUUGCCGACCCCGAUUCAAUUUGGCUUUUAUUGGGAUCUCGGGCAUCCCGAUCCCGAUCCCGAUGCGAUCCUAAUUGCGGUGGCAAUAGCUCGGCGUUUAAUCACUUCGUACCUGCGGCUUAGACAGUCAAACCCGGCAGUCACUCAUCGCGGCGGAGGCGGAUAUGUAGUAGAGCUGCACAUAUAAAUGGGUAUAUGGUCCUGCAAAUGGAUCGACCUCGAUGAUUUUCACCAGCCAAAUUGCGGCUUUGUGUUGCCUUUUCCCAUUUGCCGGUGGAUACAUUUGGACUGGAUCGUUAUCUGGUUCUCUUUGUGCUUUCAAGGUUUAUGGUCUAGCACACAUAUAUUUCCUGUGAGAACAAAUCCCAGUCCUGAUGACCCCCGUAAACAAACCCGGUGAACAUGGAACAUCCCGACUAACAGCAACAACAUCGGUGUCUUCCACUAAGUAUUCGAAUUCCCCUUCCAAUUUUUGUGGGGCGAUCGUGUACUCGCGGGCUGAAAAAUCUACAUAAUGACAGGGCCACGCCGAAAACUAGUUCAGAUCGCAAAUUACGAACCGGUAAGGGAUGGGAUGAGAUAUACAUGCAUGUGUGUGUUGCAGUUCCCAUUCAGGACACUCGGGACAGGACAUCGAGCGCAACGGGAGACGCGGCGCGUUGAGGUUCGGCAAAGGUCAUGUCAGGACUUUGCAUAAAAUGUUUGAAAAUGUUUUCAUUAUGGUAAGUAGACACAAAAGUCCAACACACGAGCGAUUCCCACCGAAAGGGGUGUCCUUUCCCAGCCCAUCCCAGCCCGUGCGCCCAGGAUCCUGGCAUAUAUUGGUGAUAAAUUAGUUUAAUGUUCGAAGCACCAAACUCGCAAGAAGCACACGAAAAAAAAAACACUCAACCGCAGCUGAGGCGGCAAAGUUUGGCAGGAAAAUCCGACCUACCGUUUUUGGCGGCAUUUUCCCGACAUAUACGUGUCCAUCGAAAUGAACUCGAGUCCUGGCAACUAAUGAACUACGCAAACAAUAGCUCAAUGGCUACGCUUUAAGGAAAAAACGACGUAAAAAUCACGUCUUGGAAAUUUUCACAUCGUUGAUCUUAAAUGGAAAAUUACACUUCUCUAGCUGGACAGUGCAGGACAAACAGGAUAGAAUAGCGAUCAGGACAUGACACAAUUGCAGUUUGCAGGACAAUUGUUGCACUCACGCACGUGCAAUGUGUUCCUGCAACUCGGUG